AUGGCCUUCUUCCUCCUCCUCCUCCUGUGCAUCCUCAUUUCUGCGGCCAUCGUGUCCUACGCCCACCACGUAAUCCGGCGGCAACGCCAGGGCUGCGCUCAUGGCCGCCAUGAGCAAGCCGCCCUCAAGCUGCCCCCUGGCUCCAUGGGCCUGCCUUACAUCGGCGAGACCCUCCAGCUCUACUCCCAGGACCCCAGCGUCUUCCUCUCCUCCAAGCAGAAGCGGUACGGCGAGAUCUUCAAGACGCACCUCCUCGGCUGCCCGUGCGUGAUGCUGGCGAGCCCGGAGGCGGCGCGGUUCGUGCUGGUGUCGCGGGCAAACCUGUUCAAGCCGACGUACCCGCGGAGCAAGGAGCGCCUCAUCGGCCCGUCGGCGCUCUUCUUCCACCAGGGCGACUACCACCUCCGUCUCCGCAGGCUCGUCCAGGGCCCGCUCGGCCCCGAGGCCCUGCGCAAGCUCGUGCCGGACAUCGAGGCCGCCGUGCGGGCAACCCUCGCGGCCUGGGCGGACGGCGACGUCGCCAGCACCUUCCACGCCAUGAAGAGGCUCUCGUUCGACGUCGGCAUCGUGACGAUCUUCGGCGGGCGGCUGGACGAGCGGCGGAAGGAGGAGCUCCGGCGGAACUACGCCGUCGUGGAGAAAGGCUACAACUCCUUCCCCAACAGCUUCCCCGGGACGCUAUACUACAAGGCGAUCCAGGCGAGGCGGCGGCUGAACGGCGUGCUGAGCGACAUCCUGCACGAGAGGAGGGAGCGGGGCGAGCCCGGCGACGACCUGCUCGGCUGCCUCAUGCGGUCGCGGGCCGGCGGCGACGACGGCGACGAGGGCGCGCUGUUGACGGACGAGCAGGUCGCCGACAACGUCAUCGGCGUGCUGUUCGCGGCGCAGGACACGACGGCCAGCGUGCUCACCUGGAUCGUCAAGUACCUCCACGACCGGCCGAAGCUGCUGGAGGCCGUGAGGGCGGAGCACGCCGCGAUCCACGAGGCCAACGACGGCGGGAGGCGGCCGCUGACAUGGGCGCAGACGAGGAGCAUGACGCUGACGCACAGGGUGAUUUUGGAGAGCCUGAGGAUGGCGAGCAUCAUCUCCUUCACGUUCAGGGAGGCCGUGGCCGACGUGGAGUACAAAGGGUUUCUUAUCCCCAAGGGGUGGAAGGUGAUGCCGCUCUUCAGGAACAUCCAUCACAGCCCGGACUACUUCCAGGAUCCACAGAAGUUCGACCCUUCGAGAUUCAAGGUGGCGCCGCGGCCGAGCACCUUCACGCCGUUCGGGAGCGGGGUGCACGCGUGCCCCGGGAACGAGCUGGCCAAGCUCGAGAUGCUGGUGCUCAUCCACCACCUGGUCACCGGCUACAGGUGCGUGCCCCCCUCCCUCUCCACACAGAUCCUCCAUAUAUUCCCAUUUGUGAUUUGUCCCUGUGGACAAGAACGUCCCAUGGCUGGUGCAGUGGCGCCAAUUCACCGGGCCACCCUUCACCUGGCGCCCAGUUCCACGGCACGCAUACUCCAACCAUGCACCGAUCGUGUCCUGUCAUGUCAUGAAAACCCGGGUGGUCCUCCGCUGCCCGCCCUGCCUUGCACGUAG